GCUUAUGAUGGGACACAUCUGUCCUUGCGCAAGGUGUUGCGCAAGCCUGGCUCAACAAGGAAUUCUCAAAAUUUCAUUUUAGAUUUGCUGCUAUUUCUUAAGUAUUGAGUUUUACAUAUCCUGAAUUCGGGAUAUAAACGUUUGAUUAUCGUAGUUUUUAAAAAUAGUCAUACUAUUUUUCUAACCUAAUAGAAAACCUCAAUAUUUUGUUGUCGAAGUAUGGAGGUUAUGUAGUUAUCAUAAAGUGCUGCGUAACAUUUGAACGCUGCAAAUGUGUUUUUUUGCUUAGUUUUGCCCUAGCUUGUUCUUGCCUUUUUUACCUUCUUUUGCCCUAUCGCACAUGGUUUUGCCCUUUUUUGCCCUAUCGCACACUAUUUUGCCUUUUUGCCCUGUCGCGCGCUUCUCUUGAAAAUGCUGUAAAAAAUUCAAAAUUCAAUCCAGCUUCUGAAAAUUCUGAUUAUGAGAGCUCUAUCAUUGAACAAUUUAGGCUUCUAAAAUUAUUUUCGUUAUAGAAUGCAUAUUUCUCCAUUCUAUUAAGUUAGCAAUAUUCAAACUCGAAGGGGGCGAUUCUUGUCUUGCAUAAAAAGAUGAGAAGCAAGAAUUGAAAGUAGACAAAUACCCGAGGAUUUUCAAAUUAUAUCAACAGGCUACCAGCAGCAAUUCCUUACUACUGGGAGUACGUCUAGAAAAGUAUAUAUAUUCACACUUGUUUUAGAUUUCCCUAAUGUUCGUAACAGCAAAAAAAAAAAUAGAGCCCUAUUCCUUGGCCAUGAUUUUUGACUGAUUUCUAAACUUACUUAAUAUUUGGAGUUCAUGGCCGGCGCGACCUCGGAAGGUGAACACAUUAACAGUAUUCACCUACAAAAUCUUGAAAAAAUUUGCAAAAGUUGUGGAAAUCGCCUCAAAAAAUACAAAGACCGGUUCGAAACUAGUUAAAAUUGCACACGUAGUAUUUCUUGCUGAAACCUACAAUUUGAGUAUUGAAAAGGACGAUCAGACGAUUCACCCAUCGAAGUUCUGUCGUGAGUGUUUUCGGUCGUAUCGCAUCCACACUUGCGAGGUCGUUUUUUGGGAAAAACACACUGACACUUGCAGUACUUGCGAAAAAGAAGAGUUUGCAAGAAAAGGAGGAAGACCAAAAAAGUCAAAGCGAGGUGGUGGAAACACAAGAAAAGCGCAGCGACGGAUCUCCUUUGUAGACUCUGUUGCGGCGUUACAAGAUCAAAUAGCCGAUGUGACAAAAGAGAUUGCAAGUCGACGAAUUGAUAAUUUUUCAGAACGGUUCGAGUUGAACGAAGUCCGAAAAGACGACUUCUAUUGUCCAAUUUGCAGCGAGCUAUUGGACAAACCGGUCGAGACAAUCUUUACGCAUAAUGCUUAAUGUGGGGAACAUGAAUGUCGGCCAAGCGAAGGCAGCGCCCCCCAAACGCCGCCCAACAGCAGCCAUCCCAGACCAGCGAGGCCCUAAAAGACCUGAGAGAUGGGAAAAUGAAUAGGGAGGUCGCCGAACUGGGGACUGCAGUGGUGCGAGAACUUUUAAAGCGCUCAGCUGACAAAACCGUCUCACUACAAUGCCGCGGAAAGUCAUUGGUGUUAAAACACACGCCAAAUUCCCAAAAGCCAAAUGACGAGGUUUCUGCCCGGCAUUUGAGAAGAAGGGUCUCUCAUUUACAGAAGGUCGGUGGGAGGCUAAGCGCGGGUGGGGAGAUGGACACCCUGGUUAUCCAUCAACUGCGACAAAAGGAGAAGAAGGAGCGCGAGGCAGUUCUAAAGAAAGCCCUUGGCAAGGAACUCAUCUUGCAGAUUCCAGAGGGAGAGGCCUUGGCCAUGAAAGCUGACCUCCGCCUACCUUGGUUUGCCCUUGGAAAGCUUAGGCGGUAGGUUUUUAUUUAUAUAAAUCUAAAUUAAUCCUUUGUUAGAAACGAAAUAAUUGGUUGAAAUAGCAACAUAUCUUAAAGUAUUUGUUUCGCUACGACAGGUGGUUUAGUAACUGGAUUUUGUCCACAUUUUGUUCACAAAGCCCAAGAAUAUCGAAGCCGUUUGCCACAGAGUCAUUGAGGUCUGCCAGGCUGAGUGUCCAGAACUACUUGGCCAGGCAAGAACUGUCAAGGCAAAAUUCCAACAGUUGUUCAGCUUAUUCAGUGUGUGCCACUUCAAGUACAAUUCUGCGACCCCGAUGUCCCAAGAACAGUUAUCAAUUCAAACCUAUAUUCAAACCUAUUUUGACUUAUUUUUCGCCAACAGAGCAAGAUAUCAAACUACUAUGUGGUUACUACCGCGAAACAUUUCCUGAUGAGUCUUUCCCUCCCAGGUUCUACAUGCUGGAGCACCACGUCGUGGAAAUUCAUCAGGCGCUGGAGAUUCCCUUUGGGCUUUUUCGGGGAGCAGGGAGGCGAAUCAAUCCACCAUGAGCUUCAGGCCCUGCACCCUACGCACAGCCAAACAAAGCCGGCUACAAAUCGCCUCAAAGCCAUCAUCCAAGAUCACUACGUGAUCGUUGCACCGGCUAACAGGAACGUUAUUCCUGAGAAGAAACGGCGUAAUCUUAAAAGCAAAGAAAAGCAAUGAAGUUAGAAGUUAGAAUUAAAGGCCGAUAUCAUUGUAAUAUAUUUGUAUAAAUUAAGUAAGUACUUAUAGCUUUCAGUUGAAUCAGGCAGACUCCAUUAUUUUAGCAAACGAAAUACGAAAACAUAAUAUUCAUACUAAUUAUUGUAGAAGCUUGCAAAAUAUUUAAGUUGCUUAAAGUUAUCGUAGAGGUUUUCUGAAACCAUAGCAUUAUGAUAGUAAGCGACUAACUUUAUGUAAAACCAAUUUGAAAGCCACAAUCAAUAAAAACAGCUGAAGCCUCUAA